UCAUUUAUUUUUAUCACACGUUAUCAAGCUAUGAAAUAUUUAUUUUUAUUUUUCAUUGUAUUUAGUUAUCUUACUUUUUACGAAAAUAUUCAAAUUAAAAAAUGCAUAGAUCCUCAGUUUAAACAUAAAAUUUAUACCUCAUCAGAUGGUAUAUUAGCAACAAAGUCUGUUGUCAUUAUAGACUUUAUAGUAAAAUGCCAAAAUGGAUUAAGGGAUCUUAAUUUUUAUGCCAACAUUGAUGGUGAUUUUAAACCAAUAGCAAAAUCAAUGGAUGGGUCCAAAUAUGAAAUAACCUUGCAAGGUGACCGAAACCAGCUAAAGUCUGGAAAUUAUUUGAUCAAAAUAUAUUAUGCAGAGGAUUAUUCUAAAAUAAUUUCAGUGCAAGGAAGUAAUAAAGAUACCAAUGACAUAAAACCAUUAUACAUAAUUGACUAUAAGCAUAAAGGAAUUUAUAAUGGUCCUAUGAUUAAACCUCAAAUUUUAAUUAUUAUUAUAAGUGCUUUGUUAUGGUAUUUUGCCUAUAGUACAAAAUAUAAAAUUGUUAACUAAAUUAUCAAAUAUAAGAGAA